GUUAUUUAAAAGACUCACGAGUUCUUCCAAUGCUUCAGUGUCUUUAAACUGAUAUUAGCUAAGUUUGUAUUCCCGUCUGAACGGUAAUGCUUGAGACCGUCGGUGACAGUAUUUUACAAAAUCUGGAAAAUACAUCCUUAUAUUAAAGAAGCUACUGGUGAAUUAUGGUUAUGGACACAUUAAUUCAUACCUGAACUGCCAGCUUUACACUCAUUUUCUGGAAGCUAUAAGAGCUUAGAUAAACGAGCUUAAGUUUUGGAAGAACACUGAGUCCUGUGCUUCCCCUCACAGAAUUAUGCUAAAACAAUUUCAGAAGAUGCGAAUAUUGAACCGCCGUUUACCAGAAACCUGCAAAACAAUGGAAAUUGAAAAUGAAUUAAAACAACUGUAAAUAUUAAUCCCUGAGAGAUUUUCAACUUGAUUGAAAAUCUAGAAGGCUUUUAGCGGCAUAAAUGGGCGGGGAGGAACACAGGGCCAAAAACUAUUAUUUAAACCCAAGGGAAUCAAUGGCGCUCUGUGAUUGGCUGAAUAACAGUUUACAAACUGUGGCACAGGUGUGGCUCGCAUGAAUUGACGUGAGCCCUUGGCGUUAACUUUAUUCGAUUCCUUAGACGUUUGUCCAACUAACGCGCAAAAGUUUAUAACGAUAAGUUAAGUUGUUAAUUAGUUACGAAUUGUUGAAGGUGCAAAAGGGGCGGGAAAAAACGUUUUUUAAAGCUGCGACUCAUAUUCCAAGUUUGUUUGUUGUUGCGUGAAUUCCUUCCGAUUCCCCAUCAAAUUAUUCAAAUAAUGUGCUAGAUUUUAUCUCAACAUCUGAUUUGGUUGAUUUUACAAGAAUAUUUAUAUGUGUGAAAUGGGAGGAGUUUCGUGAAAUGGGAGGAGUUUCUUUGACAGAGUGUGAUACGGACUAUUUCGUGAUCUGGCAAUGCAGGAUAUUACAUCACAAAAAAAGAACAGGACAAUUAAUUACGCCUGCUAGUUUCGCAGUACUUACGAAUCAUUUAGCCGAAUAGUCGGUGUUAUUAUCGCUAUUAGUAUUAUGGAAAAAUCAAUAGAUGAUUUGGAUUUAUUUCAUUUUGGACAAUCGGAGGUAUAUAGUAAAAGAAUCUUUUUCAAGUCUUUAGAAUCAUCAGUGAAUAGUAAUGCUGAAGGAAGAAUUAAAAAAAAUUUCACUAUCACAAUUUUUAAUUCUUAUUAUGUUUUUAUUAGAUUUAGUGUAACCUUGCUUUUGGUAAUUAAUAGGUUUGUUCUUCAGAUGAGGUGUCAGUUCAGGGAUUUUUACAUGAUGUGUCUAGUUCGCCUUGCUAUGAACAAUCCAAGGUAGCUUAUAAUGUCAAUAGGAUAGAUAAUCGAUUAAACUUAUACAUCCAAUUUCUAACUUUGCAAGGCCAAGAAUUCAUCAAUUAAGGAUACACAGCAUACUACGCCAGUGUUGUUAUCAACAGAAGAAACAAAUGUUAACCCUGUCUGUAUUAAAACUCAUCAUAUGAGGACUCGUAGUGCUACUACCAAUAUAAAAAUAAAGAGAAAAGGAUGGAUUCUGACAAAAAGAAAGAAGGAAAGGGAUGAUGCAUCUGUUUCCCUUCCUGUUGAUCAGUUAAAGGUAUUUCAUUACAUAAAUAUGAUAAAAUAAAUACGGGAUAGGCCUAUAUUCUUUAAGCAUGCAAUUUAACUUUUUCAAGGGGAAGAAACCGUCAUAUAGAAAUCAAGUUCAAGAAACAUUGCAAUCAAUAUCGGAUCAUCAGAGUGGAGAGGUAAAUUAUAUCGUUAAUAAAAAAUGUAUUUAUAGUGUCGAAAGUAAUGUCAAUGCAAUUUAUGUUUUGAUUUUAGGCAUAUGUUUCAAAUGAUUCGUCAGUACCAACAUUAUUACCAACAGAAGAAAUAACCGUUGUUAAUCCUAUUCAUGUGAACAACAAUCGUAUGACGACUCGCAGUGUUACUAAAGGUAUAUGUAGUAAUUACAUUUUUGUAACAUGUGUAAUAACAUACAUUUCAACUAAACUAACCUAGUAGCAGUUGCUCAAGGAAAUAUUUGUCCAAUGCAUGAAAUUGAAAACAAAAGUGUUGUUUUAAAUACUACUGCAAGGAAGAAAGAAGUUAGUACUAUUAAUUGCUUUAACACGAACGAACAACCAUUUGUGGUAAUUAUAAAAUUUACUUUUAUUUUAAAAAUAACAUUAAUUUUAAUUAUUAAUGUGUUUUCCCAAUUUCAGCCUUAUGCAGGAGUAGAUAAGAGAAGAUCACAGAGAAAGUCCUCGAAAUCCAAAUUCGAUAGCAAUGGUAAUUCAACGGGUCAACUAAAUGUAGAACAGUUUUCGUUAGCUAUGAAACAUAUGCCGUCUAAAGACAUGCUCGUCAAUGCUGAACAAGAUCCAACGUGUGCCUUGAUGGCGUUGGCAACGAAUUCUGGCCUUGGACGUUUCUUGGACAGCUCGCAACUUAUACGCGAAUGGGGUAUGGUUGACCAAGGUACUCCACUUAGUGAAGAGGAGAAAAUGCCAAGUUAUAUUAGAAAUCUGAUGACGGAAUUAUGCAACAAUGUAACAACUGCCGAUCACGGUCGCAUUUUCGAGGAGUUUCAACAUCAUUGGAACUUGACUGCAGAUUUAGUGGCAUGUGCAUCGUGUGGUAUGAAGAGCUACCAAAUGGGAGAAGAACGCCAUCAUAUAGUAUCUUUGAACGACGUUACUUGCCUUCAAAUAUCAACAGAAUACGUACAAAUUUUAGCAUCCUACCCUCAACAAUAUCGGUAUUCAUUUUCGUAUUUUCAUAUAAUGUUUUCAAUUUCAAUAUUGUAAUAUCUUUAAACGUUGCAGUCAGGUGAUCAGUUUCUACAAAGCCACAAACGGCCAGAUGUUUCAUUUGCACCCUGAGUUGGUGACAUCGGAAAUAGAUGAACAUGGAAACGUAACCGAAUUGGUUACACUGUGCCACGAGUGCUACAUUGCAACAGUGAAAUUUAAAAAAAUACCGAAAAAUUCUAUUGCUGCCGGGGUGGAUUACGGAAAUAGCAGUCGCGUGCCAACAUUACAACCAUUGACGAUAGCUGAACAAUAUGUCAUAAGCCGUGGCCGAUUAUUGGUUUCCGUGAUAAAAUUAUCUGGACAGUACGCUAAAGAACGACAAUCCGGAAAAAUUGGCCACGCAAUAGUGUUCCCACAAGAAGGUAAACGACUAGAAGAAGAAUUAAGAAGAUGUUUGCGACCCAAGAACGCUGAGGUGUUUCCGCGACAUGAUGAACUAGAAAAGAGUCUGUCCGUGUCGUUUGUAGGCACACGUCAACAAUGGGACGCACUGGUUCCUCAUCCUUCUAGUCAUCGUUUCCGAGACAUUUUGAUUAGAGCUGAUGUCGUUUACGAUUGGUUGCACGCCUUGAAAACACUCAAUCCGUAUUAUAAAGAUAUCCUCAUUCAUGAUACACCAGAAAUUAGAAAGAAAUUGGAAGAUAUACCGAAGGUGCUACUCAGUCAUGCCACAGUAAUUACCGGCAAAACUGAGAUAUUCAUUGGCCGCAUCAUAGGCAAAGAAUCCGGCGAAGGAGAACCAAAUGAAGAGAAACAUGAGUACGUUGCAAGUGUACAAAAGCAUGUUGAUCAAGAAUUCUUAUUUAACGAAGCCAUAAAUUCUACAUCGACGUCAUUGGUGACGAGAGCUUGCAGACCGAACACUGGUUUACCGACUACUUCUUCAACUAUCUUAGAUGGUUUGAUAACUUCUAUGCAUGGAUUAGCUGAGGAAAGUGAGAAAAAUGAAGACAAUCGGAAUGAUUUCCAAUCGAAUCUGGUCGAGUUUAUUCAAAGUGAGAAACCGUUCAAUGAAUUUCAAGAGAACGACACACUUAUCUACACAGCAUUCCCCCAUUUGUUUCCGCUGGGAAAAGGUCUUGGAACGCGUUCAUCACUUCCCAGGAAUAGUGUGGUUCAUCUCUUGAUGCCAUUCCACGGUCAUUUCGCAGCAUGCCUACGAUUCAUUUUCCUGCUAUUCGAUCAACACCAACGACAUUCAGCCACAAGAAUCAUUGCCGCAAGAGUGAAAUCUGACCCCGAGUGCAUUGGCAAAUUUGCGACUUUGGUGUCGGAUCCUUCUUUCCUCAAGAAAUUGAAAUACGCAAAAAAUCAUCCCAAUGAAGCAGAAUCCAAGGCAAUUCUAAGCAGCAUUAAUCCUUUCAUCACUAUGUGUAAUAGCGAGAUACCGUACACGGCAGCACAAAGAAAGGCAUCCGUCUCCCGUUUGUACAAUAUGACUCGGUUUUACGGAACUCCCAGUGUUUUCUUUACGUUUGCCCCUGACGACACUAAUGGAACUCUAAUUUUACGGAUAUCACUACCAUUGGCAAACAAUUUCACGUUCCCUGCUACAGAUAGUGGAUUCAUUAAUGCUCUGCGAGAAAAGCAACAUCACUUUAAAACUGUACCUAUCAGUCAGUCGAAUUUGCGGAAAAUUUUGGCGAGUUGUCCGGUUGCUGCCGCAGAAAUGUUUCGCCAAACAGUGAACAAUGUUUUUUCAAUCAUAGUGGGCUUGCAACCCGACAAUUCAUCCAAGAAAAAAAACAUUCCCCUUACUGGAAAAAUGUCCGGAGCAUUCGGUGUACCCGUAGCUGCUUUUGGCUGUACUGAGGAACAAGCCCGCGGAUCCCUUCAUAUGCACAUUGUAUUUUGGGGUGGAUUGCCACCUACUUUAUUACAAACAGCUGGUGGGAUUCAUUUGUUGGCGGAUGCCAUAGCUGAAGCAUUAGACAGCAUUGUUAACGCUGAAUUGCAGCCCAUCACUCAUUUCCGUCAUCUCCUCCGUGAUCUCAAAAACGACACAGUGCCACACGCAUCAUUGUUCCCACCACAUCACCCAACUAAGUAUCCCCAACUCUUUCAAAUUGAUGUUGAGCGUGUAGUGGAUUUCUGUAACGUCCAUCAACACAGUGCGACCUGCACGAAAGGGAAAACGGGAUUAUGCAGCUGUCGGUUGGGUAGACCUAUGGAAAUUGAAGACGAAACUGGCUGCAAACAAAUCAAAGGAUAUAGAAAAAAUGUCUUGGAGAAACCGGAAGAUGAAAGCAUUAUAAAAUCAAAUUCAAAUUGGGAGAGAAAAACUACAAAAAAGAAAACAAAACUGGAGAGCAGUUACGAAAUCCUGCCGAAUAUUGAACCUCCUCAAUUGAGUUCCAGUUUUAAACGUAAUUUUUCACGGACACCGAUUGCUACACGUGAUGCUAGGCUAAUUAUGUACGGAUUCAAAAGAAGAGAAUCAGGAAAAGUUCAAGAUUUAGACUUAACAGAUACAGAUCAACAACUCUACGCCACAUUAUCAGAAGAGGAAAAGCAAUGGUGGAAUACGACUCUCCCAAAGAAAAAUGGAAUGGUUGUCGAAUUUAACCCCCUCAUAUCAACUCUGCUUGGAUGCAACACCAAUGUCAGCGUGUUGGGCAGCGAUGCUCAAGCUAAAGCUGCAUUGAGUUAUUUGAUAAAAUAUGUCACGAAACCACCUGCUGAACUAGCUCACUCUUUGUCUCUAUUAUAUCAUGCCAGGCAAGCCAUCCAGCAUCAUCCUUCCGUAGCAGACGAUCAAGGUUCAACUCUUCGUACAGCCAUACACUAUUUGAACAAAAUUAUCAACAAGCUAAAUGGCGCCGUUGAGAUUUCAGCACCCAUGGCUGCUGCCGCCCUCCUUGGCAUGCCAAGUGAGACGUGUACUGAUAGUUUUUGGAUUGCAUACGUUACUGCUUCUAUCAAAUACGUCAGAGAGCAUCCGGAAAUUCCACCUUUACCCAACAUUUCUGACGAAAGCCAGUUUGAAGAUGUAGCCGAAAACAUCAAGUGCAACCACGAGAAUAUCUUCAGCACUUCAAUAGAAAACGAUGAUGUAUUAGAAGUGGACGUGUUUUCCGAUGAGGAGAAAUGGGAAACUGAUAGUUCCGCUUCCGAAACAACAAACGAAUCACACACAAUUCAAGACUUGGAAACGACGUUGAAAGAUAAUGAUGAUCCUUACGACGCCGACGAAACAGAACCGAUUGUCUUAGAAAAAGAAACUCAGGGAGACGAAACGGAAGAGCGUAUAAUUUCCACAGCGGAAAUAUACGUUAGCCCCCAAAAAAUUAAAGCAGUUCCACAACAUGUGCACUACGCAUAUAGAGGAGAGAAACUUGGCAUGUUGUCUUUAUACGAGUACGUUGCUCUAGUCAACAUUGUACCUAUAAAAGAAAAAACAACUUCCAAGAACACAACUGCUAACAGAACACGCGGCGCGGGCCGACAUCCGAACGCAACGUUCCCAUUCGCUACUAGUCACCCAUUACACGAAACUCAUCAACAAAAACUUCGUUCGAAAUCCAAAAUCCCUAUGCUAGUAGGGAAACCACCAAACAUGCCCGUAGCCAAACCUAAACUUCUCACUAAAGAAUGGAAAAGGCUAGCACAAAAAUUCGCAGAGUAUAUUCUUGUUCUUUACAAACCAUGGACUGUACCAACGCGAGACGGUGGAACAUUACCCGGACGGACAACAUGGCAAGCACUUUACCAAUACAUGUACGAACUGGAAGGAAUAGGUGAGCCAUCUGGACCGUCAUUUUUGAACAUCAUCCGCGCAAAAUGGAUCACCAAUGCAGCACAUGGACUUCGAAUAUUAGCGUCGGAUCGUAUGGCUGCACAAAAAUAUCGUUGUCGCUGUGCCACCGUUUGGAAGGAUGCAGGCGGCAUCGACAAACUAAAAAAUUCAACACCAAAUGAUGAUUGGUCAAACGAGAAUAGUGAAAAAAAUCAAGAAGAAAUCAAUGCCGCAAAAGUAGCUCAGAAAGCCAUUGAUAUUAUGCGUAAAGAAACGAUGAUGGACGAAGAAUCUUUGGAGACUACAAAUCGGGCUUUACAGUACUAUCACGAAACAAGCAAAGCUUUGAAAAAGAAUCAGUUACUGAUAAAAAAGGCGGGACACUAG